UUCUCUGUGAUUGUAAGUACGUUAACUUUAUAUAGACACUUGCUAGUUAACUUUGUGCAUAUAACAUGUUAGCUCUCCACACUCUCCUUCUUACUUAACAGUCGAACUGAAACAUCACUCUUCUUCUCAAUUUUCAAUGAAAGAGUUUCACUUCUCGAAACUUUUUUCUUUCACUGGAACCAUCAAAAUUCUCCAGAUUCAUACACCAAAAUUCGUUCUUCUAAUAGCAUCAACCUUAAUUCUUGUCACAGUAGUUUUUCAUCAUCAUCAUCACCAUCAUCUCACUUCUUUGUCGACUUUGAAGUACAGGAAUCCGAAUUGCAACAUUUUUGAGGGAGAAUGGGUUUGGAAUCCAAAUGCCACAUACUACACGAAUACAACAUGUAAUCACAUACAUAAUCAUCAAAACUGCAUGAAGUUUGGCCGGCCAGAUACUGAUUUUUUGAAGUGGAGGUGGAAGCCAAAUGACUGUGAACUACCUAUCUUCGAUCCAUUUAAGUUUUUGGAGCUUGUACGUGGAAAAGCUUUGGCCUUUGUUGGAGAUUCUGUUGGAAGAAAUCAUAUGCAGUCUUUGUUGUGUCUCCUCUCAAAGGUGGAGAGACCAACUGACGUUUCAUACAGAGAAGACCAAGAAUUCCAACGAUGGUACUACCCCAGCUACAAUUUUACUGUUGCCGUUUUCUGGACACCAUAUUUAGUAAGAACUACACACGCAGAAGUCAACGGAACAACUAUUACUGGCCUCAUCAAUUUAUACCUGGACGAAUACGACUUAGAAUGGACAACCCAGAUCGAUGAAUUUGAUUACAUAAUCAUCUCUGCUGGACAAUGGUUUUUCCGUCCCACAGUGUUUUACGAAAACAAUAAACUCGUGGGUUGCUUUAAGUGUUUGAAGGACGGUGUCAAAAGUCUUGAAUUGUCUUAUGGUUAUGGAAAGGCAUUUCAAACAGCGUUCAGAGCAAUAAAUAGUUCACCGAAUUUUAAAGGUACAUCAUACUUGAGAACAUUUUCACCGGCGCAUUUUGAGAAUGGAAUAUGGAAUGAAGGAGCGAAUUGUGCAAGGAAGAAGCCGUUAAAGAGUAGUGAAAUUACAUUGGACUAUGGAGCUUUAUGGUUGUACAAUGCUCAAGUGGAGGAAUUUAAGGUUGCUGAAGAGGAGGGAAAGAGGAAUGGAAAGCAAUUUAGGCUACUCAAUACAACACAUGCAAUGUUUAUGAGACCGGAUGGACAUCCAAGUAGUUAUGGGCAUUGGCCACAAGAGAAUGUAACGUCGUAUAAUGACUGUGUUCAUUGGUGUUUGCCUGGUCCUAUUGAUUCAUGGAGUGAUUUCUUACUGGAGAUGUUGAGAAGGGAUGACUAAUAUUUGAUGUAGAAAUUUGUCUUAUGAAAAUGCCAUUCUUUUGUAUUUUAAUUAGUCGGAAACAAAUAUUCAAAUCAAUCCCUUCACCUCAAAA